CCAAGUGCGUUUCCUCUUGAUGCUCUUGAGUUUACUAGGCUCCUGCGUGAGAGUCACUUACCCAGUGCGGGUCCUUCCUCAAAUGCAGUCUACAUGAUUUAAAUAAAACUGAAGGGGAAACAAAAAAGAACCCACCCAGUCCUCUGAGGUUUCAAUACGUGAGAUUUUGUUCAGUCUGACCUUUUAUGCAACCGCAAGGAUUAAAUACUGCACUGAAUAAACCCCAAUAAAAACAAAAAAAAAGGAAAUCUCUGGCUCAAAAUAUGGGUAUGUACAAACUAACACCUGUGCGUUCGACUCUGCGUUUCUGCUCGAGAUUCGUUCUGUGUUUUAGUAUGUUUACUGUAGUCACUGCUCUCAUUAAUGAGCACUGCAAGACUUUUAAAGAGCAUCUCCUCAAUGACAUCGGUGCCUUGUGCCAUUAUCCUCCUGGGCUCGGUCCCUACGCCGAAUGCAAAGGUUUAGAUUUCCAAAGGGAUCUUUCGGAGGUUGCGACAGGAGUUCGAUUUCUCUGCAUUUUCACUGAUUCAACAAUGAUUCCAGCUAGUGCGUUCUCUCACCUUGGAACGAUUGAAUUUCUAAUAAUACAUGGCUACAAUCUCAGGAGGGUUGAAUCGGGUGCCUUCUCAGGCCUUUCCAACCUUAAAUACUUGUAUGUUUAUUUCAAUGACUCCAAUUGCAGCAACAUUGUAUUGGACAAGUCUGUGUUUGCUGGAUUGGAGAAUCUAGAAGUCAUCCACUUGAAAGGUAUUAAUUUGUCAAACAUUCCCAAUACGACAUUUGAGCAUUUGGUCAGUUUAGUAAACUUUUCUCUGGAUGGCGUUUGUGUGAAAGAACUUGGCGAUGUUUUAUGCAAAAUCCCAAAUGAAAUGUCCCGCUUGAAAUCUUUAAAGGUGUUGACCAGCGGGAUCACUUCUAUCAGAAGUGCUCAGAAAGGAUGUUCGUCUUGGCCUUUCGCUGUACUUGCAGGAAUUCGGGUUUUAGAUCUUAGUCUAAACCCUAUUAAAAUAAUAGAGGCCGAUUCUCUGGCAGUGUUUCGAAACCUUUCAAGUUUCUCACUAAAUUUUAAUGGUGUUUGGCUGGGACAAAUUUGGGAGUCUGGAGUCAGAAACUUGAGCAGGAUUUUAUUUUCUGGAUCCAUCACGGAAAAAUAUGCUUUAAAGUCCAAAGACAUGUGUCAACUAGUUUCUAAAUUAAAUAUCCACUCUCUCGAACUGACCUAUGUACACCUUGAUUCAUUGUCAAUGGAAGAUUUCGAAGAUUGUGGAACAGAGCUUAAAGAACUUAGUAUAUUUUAUUCAAAUGUCAAGCAACUGGACCUAGGAUUCUGGAGAAGCAUAGCAGGAACACAGACAAUGGAGUUGUAUAGGAUUUCAUUAACUGAAGCUGCGUUCUGUGAUGCUGCAAACGGGACUGUUUGGAAUGUAACUACUCUGAAUCUAAUGGAGAACCAUCUAACCGUUGUGAAAACGCACCAGUUUGUUUGCACCCCUCUACUUGAGCAACUACUACUUUCUAAAAAUGCCAUUACAACUCUAGAACCCGAAGCGUUCAGUGGGUUGUAUCGUCUUAAGAUUCUCAAACUUUCCACGAACAAGAUCAAAACGCUCGCAACCGAUGACUUCCGAUCUCUUCGAUCUCUGGAAGUCCUGCUUAUUGAUGAAAAUGUGAUUGAGAAAAUCGAAGAGGGGAUAUUUAGGAAUCAGGAGAAGCUGCGUGAACUUUCAUUCGGAAGGUUGGAAUACGUCUAUAAGUUACCCCUGAACUUACUGUUUUAUGGUUUUCCAGAAGAUUUGGAGCGUCUUAGCAUUGAUGCGAAUUUCGGGACUGCGUUUUCUUUCGGAAGUAUGGGAAGACCCAAAAAAAACUUGACAUUUGAACUAAGUGGAUUGGAGCUCAACAUGGACAACUAUACUCCCUUUUUGGAGUCCAUCCGAGAGUUUAAAUUAAAUACCCGCCUUUUUUUUUACAAGAUCGACUUUUUAGUUCCUUUUUUCACCAAUCUAGAAUUGUUAGAAUUUACAGCUGACCCUGAGCAGUUGUUCAUCAAUUACACAGGAAUCAACAGAUUGCAUUAUCUCAAGCGUCUUAAACUCAUCAACCUUAAUUUCUCAAACCACACCAAUCCCGGAAUGACCUUCUGGAAUCUAAAACGCCUACGGAUCCUAGUACUCUACAACUGCCGUCUGAACUUUCUGACAAAGAUGAUGUUCCGAGAUCUGCAAUCAUUGGAACUGUUGAAUCUCUACAGUGCCAACCCUUUGACCUUGAAGGAUGGGAUGUUUGAUGCCCUGCCAGUCUUGAGUGCUGUGGUGCUUGACAGAGUGGACUUUCAGUGUGACUGUGACAUGGGCUGGUUCCUGGAAUGGGCGCAGAGCACACGAACACAGGUCAUCAAUCUGCAACAGCAGCAAUGCAUCUGGCAUUACCAGAAACUGAAUUUGUUGUCCACCAUGGAAAAAUUGUGCCAGACAGAUGUGCAGUACUUGUGCUAUUUGGGCACCGUCAACAUCAUCAGUCUGCUGCUGGUCAGUGCUCUCUGCUAUCGGUUUGCCUACUGGCCAUGCGUGGUCUUAAUCCUUCGCCUCAGAGGAUAUAUGGAGAGGAGGUUUGGUAAAUUUUGGUGGAGGAGAAGGCAAAGGCAGGGACUGGAUGAUCCAGAAGACGACAUGAAAUAUGAUGCAUUCGUGUCAUUCAGCAGCCGUGAUGAAGCUUGGGUCCUGGAGGAGUUGGCUCCAAGGUUAGAGGAACAAGGCCACCCCAGGCUGCGACUCUGCUUGCACAGCAGAGACUUUGAGGUGGGAAAGGGAAUUGUCGACAACAUCGCAGAGUGUAUCUACAGCAGCCGGCGCACGGUGUGUGUUCUUACUCGUCAGUAUCUGCGAAGUGACUGGUGCGGCCUGGAGAUGAGAAUAGCAACGCACCGGCUGCUUGAAGAAGAGAAACAUCGUCUCAUUCUCAUCUUUCUCGAGCACAUCUCCCUAUUUGAGCUCAGCAAUUUUCACCGCUUGGCCAAGCUGGUAAAAUCACGCACGUAUUUGGACUGGCCACAGGACAAGUCAGAGAGGAUACACUUCUGGGAACGUCUGAGAAGAAACAUUGCUGAAGGUGAAAUGGAUGCCCCUUAAAACCAUGGACCGCAUGAAGGGGACAACAACAUUUAAAUCUCUAUGCUAUAUGAAAAGGAAAAUAGUAUAAAAUAAUGCAAAUCUGUUUAACAACAUUUGACCAUUGUGAUAUUUCUAUAAAUGUCCAGUUUAUUAUUCAUUACUCAUUAUGCAUUAAUGCAUGAACAACAGGGGUUAAAUUUAUGCUGAUCACUUUUGAUUAAA